AUGGACUCCCUUCCGGUAGCCAACAAGACAGCCGGCGAGCCAGAGAGCUUGAUGAACAAAACGUUGGAGACAGGCGCCGCUGCUGUUCAGAACUUCGAUCCUGUGCAGAGAAUCUGCGCACACCUUAAUGCUUUCCACGCAUACGCACACGACCCCACGCGCGACGCUGUCGAGGCCAACCACUACUGCGCACAUCUCAAUGACGAUGUAAGACAGUGUAUCUUGUACGACUCGCCUGUGCAGCCAGCACGCAUAAUCGGUAUUGAGUAUAUGAUCAAGCCGCAUCUGUACGAGUCCUUGGACGAGGAGGAGCAGAAGCUGUGGCACUCGCACGUGUUUGAAGUCAAAUCCGGAAUGUUGAUCAUGCCCAAGCCCAGAGCUGUUCCAGAAGUAGCGUGGGAGCUUGCUGAGAACAAGGAGAUGGAGGAAGUAGUCCACCUCUACGGAAAGAUCUACCAUCUCUGGCAGACUGAUCGAGGCGACAAGCUGCCUCUUGGCCCACCGCAACUAAUGACCAGCUACACGUCGGCUGAUCAGAUGCCGAACUUCGACAAGGUGAUGGAGGAUCGAGACAAGCGCUUUGGAACGGACCACACGCGCAAGAAGAAGGUGCGCGAGUAUAUCCAGGUUCCGGAUAUCCACAGGAAUGCAGACGCUACGUGGGCAAAGGGUGGCCUUGGGCAUAGCGGCGAGAAGCAGUCGUAG